UCUAGGGUUCGAUGUUUUUCAAUUCCGGGGAUUUGGGAUAUCAAGGAAUAAAGGAAACUGUGGAUCUAGGGUUCGAUGGUUCUCAAGAGAGAUUUGUUCUUCAUCAGAUCGAGGGAUUUGGGGAGUACCCAAAAAGAAGGCAGAUUUAUGAUUGCAAGAUCGGGGUGGAUUUGGAUGUUGUUCGGAGUAUUGAAAAAGUGUACAGAACUCUGGAACGAGGGGAUAUGGAGGAUCGAUUUCAUUCAAUGAGAUUGGAAGGCUCAGAUCUUUGGUCUAAGGAAGUCAAAGAUGCGGGGCAGUGGUAUAGUUGCUUUGGAAUGGAGGAUCGCGGUGCAGAGACACGAUGGUGUCAAAGUAAGAAGAAACUGGAUGGUGACUUGGUUAGUUAUCAAGGCUAUUACAGUUCAGAGGUGGCAUAAGCGCUUUGGGGUG